UUUUUUCUUUUGAGAAAAUUCAGGAAUUUGGAGACACAAUAGUUAGGAUUCAGGCCAAACUGCUAAAUGACGAAGGGGCUUCUUCCAGAGCCAAGGAGGAAGGGUUGUCCGGGAACUUAUUUUUUCGUAUCUCAUAUUUAACACAAAUGGAUGUAAAACUGGUGUUUGUUAUGGAAGGGGAACCACCAAAGCUGAAAGCUGAUGUCAUAAGCAAGAGGAAUCAGACUCGGUAUGGGUCUUCUGGAAAAUCGUGGUCUCAGAAAACAGGGAGAUCACAUUUUAAAUCAGUCUUAAGAGAGUGCCUCGAUAUGCUCGAAUGCUUAGGAAUCCCCUGGGUUCAGGCUGCUGGGGAAGCUGAAGCCAUGUGUGCUUAUCUUAAUGCUGGUGGUCAUGUCGAUGGCUGCCUCACCAAUGAUGGCGAUACUUUCCUUUAUGGAGCCCAGACUGUUUACAGGAAUUUCACUAUGAAUACAAAGGACCCACAUGUUGACUGUUACACAAUGUCAACUAUCAAGAGUAAACUAGGUUUGGACAGAGAUGCUCUGGUUGGAUUAGCAAUACUUCUUGGUUGUGAUUAUCUCCCAAAGGGAGUCCCUGGAGUUGGAAAAGAGCAAGCAUUAAAACUUAUACAGAUUUUGAAAGGGCAAAGUUUACUUCAGAGGUUUAAUCGGUGGAAUGAAACAUCUUGUAACUCUAGUCCACAACCUCUAGUCACUAAAAAGCUGGCUCAUUGUUCUGUAUGUUCCCAUCCAGGUUCACCUAAGGAUCAUGAACGUAAUGGAUGCAGAUUAUGUAAAAGUGAUAAAUAUUGUGAGCCACAUGACUAUGAAUACUGCUGCCCUUGCGAGUGGCACCGCACAGAACAUGAUAGGCAACUCAAUGAAGUAGAGAACAAUAUGAAGAAGAAAGCUUGCAGUUGUGAGGGAUUCCCAUUCCAUGAGGUUAUUCAAGAAUUCCUUUUAAACAAGGAUAAAUUGGUGAAGGUUAUCAGGUACCAAAGACCUGAUUUGUUAUUGUUUCAGAGAUUUACUCUUGAAAAAAUGGAGUGGCCCAAUCACUAUGCAUGUGAGAAAUUGCUGGUACUUUUGACCCGUUACGACAUGAUAGAAAGAAAGCUUGGUAGCAGAAACUCUAAUCAACUACAGCCAAUUCGAAUUGUUAAGACCCGAAUCAGAAAUGGAGUUCAUUGUUUUGAAAUAGAAUGGGAAACGCCUGAACAUUAUGCUAUGGAAGAUAAACAACAUGGAGAAUUUGCUCUGCUAACAAUAGAAGAAGAAUCAUUGUUUGAAGCAGCAUAUCCUGAGAUCGUUGCUAUUUACCAAAAACAAAAGUUAGAAAUUAAAGGGAAGAAACAAAAACGUAUUAAGCCUAAAGAAAAUAAUUUGCCAGAACCAGAUGAAGUAAUGAGCUUUCAGUCACACAUGACUUUAAAACCCACAUGUGAAAUCUUUCAUAAGCAGAAUUCCAAGUUAAAUUUGGGGAUUUCCCCUGAUUCUGCAUUACCACAGGAAUCUAUAUCUGCCUCAUUGAAUAGCUUGCUUUUACCUAAAACUACUCCAUGUUUGAAUGUACAAGAACAGUUCAUGUCUUCUCCAAGACCUUUGGCUAUACAGCAAAUCAAAGCUGUCAGUAAGUCUCUAAUUUCAGAAUCUAGUCAACCCAGUACCUCAUCUCAUAAUAUAUCUGUGAUUACUGAUCUACACUUGAGCACUAUUGACUGGGAAGGUACAUCUUUUAGUAAUUCUCCAACUAUUCAAAGGAAUACUUUUUCUCACGGUUUAAAAUCAGAAGUUGAAUCAGAGCUAUCAGCCAUCCCUGGUGGCUUUGAAAAUAUCCCAGAACAACUGUCAUGUGAAUCAGAAAGGUAUACUGCAAACAUAAAGAAAGUGUUGGAUGAGGAUUCUGAUAAGAUUAGUCCUGAAGAGCAUCCACUUGCUGGCAUUACUGAUUUAUGUCUUCAGGAUUUGCCUUUAAAGGAACGAAUAUUUAUAAAAUCAUCAUAUCCUCAGGAUAGUCUACAACCAGAUGUCAACCUGAAAACUUUGUCCAUACUUAGUGUAAACGAACCUUAUAUUGCUAACAGUGGUUCUGAUUGUACAUCACAUCUUUCAAAGGAUCUUCCAGGAAUUCCCUUGCAAAAUGAAUCCAGAGACUCUAAAGUUCUAAAAGGAGACCAGCUGCUUCAGGAAAACUCUAAAGUCAAUACUUCUGUACCUUAUUCUAUCAGUAACACAGUAGUAAAGACCUGCAAUGUUAGACCACUAAAUACUGCUUUAGAUCAUAGUAGAAAAGUUGAUAUGCAAACCACUCAGAAAAUUUUAAUGAAGAAGAGUGUUUGCCUUAACAGACAUUCCUCAGAUGAACAAAGUGCCCCAGUGUUUGGGAGAGCUAAGUACACAUCUCAAAGAAUGAAGCACAGUUCUCAAAAGCAAAAUACAUCCCAGUUCAAAGAAAGUGGCCAAAACAAGUUGGGUAGCCCUAAGAUACAUAUUAAAGAAAGUGAACAGUGUGUCAGAUCUUACAAAACAGCUGAAAAUGAAGAAAGCUGUUUCCCAGAUUCAGCAAAAAGUUCUCUGAGUUCUCUACAAUGUCAUAAGAAAGAAACCAAUUCUGUUACUUGUUUGGAUAGUCCUCUUCCUUUAUGCCAGAGAUUAAAACUAAGAUUCCAAAGCACUUGAAAGGAACUUUAAAACACUUAAGUGUAACUUAUUAUUUUAAUUCUUCAGCAAUAGCAGAGACAGAGGGAAGGUAUCUAGUUCAUGUGUGGUAAAAAUUUUAAUAUCCUCUAUGUCAUGAAACACCAUUUUAAUCAAAAUUGUGAUUUUAAAAAUGUCACCUAAAACUCGGGUUUUAAAAGAUCCUCUGUAUUGAAAACUUCUGAUAAUGCAUGUCAUUAUUAUGUCCUUAUUAUUCCUUAAUUGUGGUUUUAAAAUAUUGGUAUACUUCUUGACAGAGUAAAUGCUUCAUCUCUUUGUU